AUGAUAAAUCAAAAUCAACAGAUUCUUGCUGUUGGGACUCAAAAAGGUGCUGUUGAGCUGUAUGAACUUGCAGAUUCUGCAUCACUUAUUCACUCUGUGUCAUUGCAUGAUUGGGGAUAUUCUGUGGAAGAUACUGGUCCUGUCAAUUGUAUUGCUUGGACACCUGAUAACUCUGCUUUCGCAAUUGGAUGGAAGUUAAGGGGACUUACUGUUUGGUCUGUCUCAGGCUGUCGUUUGAUGUCUACAAUCCGCCAGAUAAGUUUGAGUUCUGCAUCUUCUCCUGUGAUUAAGCCAAAUCAAGAUUUCAAGUAUGAGCCCAUGAUGGGCGGCACAUCGCUGAUGCACUGGGAUGAACAUGGAUAUAGGCUUUAUGCUAUGGAAGAAGGAUCUUCAGAGAGAAUUGUUGCAUUUUCUUUUGGAAAAUGCUGCCUAAACAGAGGUGUUUCUGGCACAACUUAUGUACGCCAAGUUAUUUAUGGUGAAGACCGCUUGCUUAUUGUACAGUCUGAAGAUACUGAUGAACUUAAGAUCUUGCACCUCAAUCUUCCAGUAUCUUAUAUUUUGCAAAAUUGGCCUAUUCUUCAUGUUGCUGCUAGUAAGGACGGAAUGUAUUUGGCUGUUGCUGGGCUUCAUGGUUUAAUCUUAUACGACAUACGACUAAAGAGGUGGAGAGUGUUUGGAGACGUUACUCAGGAACAACAAAUUCAGUGCAGGGGAUUGUUAUGGCUAGGAAAAAUUGUUGUGGUCUGCAAUUAUGUGGAAUCUUCUAACACGUAUGAAUUGCUUUUCUACCCAAGAUAUCACCUCGAUCAAAGUUCAUUACUUUGCCGGAAGCCAUUGCUUACAAAGCCAAUGGUCAUGGAUGUUUAUCAUGAUUAUUUGCUCGUCACUUAUCGCCCGUUUGAUGUUCAUAUAUACCAUGUGAAAAUAACUGGUGAAUUGUCACCUUCUAGCUCUCCAGAUUUACAGCUUUCUACAGUACGAGAACUUUCAAUCAUGACUGCGAAGAGCCAUCCUGCUGCAAUCCAUUUUAUUCCUGAUCAGCUUCCACAGGACUACAUGUCAAGAAAUGAUAUAUCAUCAACCCAUGAGCCUUCUAAGUGUUUAAUACUGCGGAUGAAUGGGGACCUUUCACUACUUGAUUUGGAUGAUGGCCGAGAAAGAGAGCUCACUCACUCUGUAGAGUUAUUUUGGGUUACCUGUGGUCAGUCGGGGGAGAAAACUAACUUAAUUGAGGAAGUUUCCUGGUUAGACUAUGGCCAUCGGGGGAUGCAGGUCUGGUAUCCAUCUCUAGGUGCUGAUCCAUUUAAACAGGAAGAUUUUUUACAGUUGGAUCCGGAGCUGGAAUUUGAUCGUGAGGUAUAUCCUCUUGGUCUACUUCCAAAUGCUGGUGUAGUAGUUGGUGUUUCCCAGAGAAUGUCGUUUUCAGCGUGUACAGAGUUCCCGUGUUUUGAACCGUCUCCUCAAGCUCAAACCAUAUUACACUGUCUACUUCGGCAUCUUCUUCAGAGAGACAAGAGGGAAGAAGCUCUACGCCUUGCUCAAUUAUCAGCAGAGAAGCCACAUUUUUCUCAUUGCCUGGAAUGGCUUCUAUUUACAGUUUUUGAUGCUGAAAUUUCCAGACAAAAUUCAAGCAAAACCCAGGGUGCUGUAGCUAAUCACUCUCCCUCUCUUCUGGAAAAGAGCUGUGAUUUGAUCAGAAACUUUCCUGAAUAUUAUGAUGUUGUUGUUAGUGUAGCACGCAAGACUGAUGGUCGGCAUUGGGCUGAUUUAUUUUCUGCUGCCGGCAGAUCAACCGAGUUGUUCGACGAAUGUGUUCAGCAAAGAUGGUACCGCACUGCAGCAUGCUAUAUACUUGUCAUUGCUAAACUUGAAGGCCCUGCUGUGAGUCAAUGUUGUGCCUUGAAUUUAUUACAGGCUACACUUAAUGAGUCUUUGUAUGAACUGGCUGGGGAGCUGGUGAGGUUUCUACUUAGAUCAGGAAGAGAUUAUGAACACUCUAGUACGGAUUCUGAGAAAGAUUCUCCAAGACUCUUGGGAUAUUUUCUUUUCCCUUCUAGUUUCAGGAAGCAAUCAAAUGAUGCAAAAAGCCCCUCUUCAAAAGAGCCUAGUGCACAUAUUGCUUCUGUUAAAAAUAUUCUGGAAAGCCACGCCAGCUAUUUGAUGUCUGGAAAGGAACUUUCAGAGCUUGUUGCAUUUGUCAAAGGCACACAGUUUGAUCUAGUGGAGUAUCUUCAACGAGAAAGAUAUGGAAGUGCUCGUCUGGAGGACUUUGCUUCAGGGCUUGAAAUGAUUGGGCAGAAGCUGCAUAUGGGAACGUUGCAAAGUCGUUUGGAUGCAGAAUUCCUACUGGCAAAUAUGUGCUCAGUCAAAUUUAAGGAAUGGAUCGUGGUCUUGGCCACAUUAUUGAGGCGCUCAGAGGUCCUCUAUGAUUUAUUUAGGCAUAAUUUGCAGUUGUGGAAAGCAUACAGCCAGACGAUACAGGCACAUGAAGCUUUUGCUGAAUACCAUGACUUGUUGGAAGAGUUGGAGGGAAGGCUUUCGUCAACUCCUAGCGCUGAAGGUAAAUGAGCUAACUGAUCGUCUAAAACCCCACAAAUUUGGUUUGACACGAACCUUUGCAACUCCUCGCUUCUUCAUCAUGGCCUAAGCGAAAACAUUCUCUGAAGAUCGAUGAAUAUAUAUGCCGUUUCAUGUUGGAAGAAGACCCUUUAGUUGCCUAUGGAAAUUGCAGCAGAAGUUACAGUAAACAAUGUAUGUGCAUAAAAAUAACGCUUCUCCAUCGUCUGCUUAUUUUUAUUAAUAAUUUUUCUUUCAUUCUUGAGAGCUUUGUAUCGUCUUCCUCCCCCUUCUAGAGAGAGAGAGAGAGAGAGAGAGUGCUAGAUAGAGAGAUAGCCGGCUAUUAAGUAGGAUGUACACAAAAUUUGUAUUAAGUUUAGACAAAAGUUUGCGAUGAAAAAAAAAAUCUUGUGUGCGAGAUAUUAUUGAUAUGUAAAAUUAUUAUAUAUGUAUCAAAACAUAGAAGUUACAAUCAUACAAUACUUUAUGCUUCA